UGUGUCCUCGUUACUUCAGUCUCUAAUCACCUGCAUCUCUGCUCAUUAAAAAAAGAAUACAGCACAGUUUGUGCUAUAACAGUGUAAUACUGAAAUUUUGGUUCUCUCUUUCUCUCUGGAUGGGGGGGUAUGCUCUCCUGCUGAAAUCAGAGGCUUGAGAUUUGUGAGAGACAGUAUCUCCUAACAGCAGACAAUUUUACCAACAGCAAAAAACGAAGACCAUUUCUGUUCUGGGUAAAAUGGAGACCAGAUUGGCACAAAAACAAGAAGCUACAACUGCGCUUUAUUUAAAUGAAAGUGCACCAAACAUUACAACCACAGAUGCAAACUUGUGCAACAGCCUCCAGUGUUACAUGGUCCUGACCCCACCAGAGAAGAAAGCUAUUGGCACAAUCUGUUUGCUAGCUGGCCCUGUGACAUUCCUGGAGAACGUUUUGGUCCUGUUGUUCAUUGCAAGCUCUGCCACUCUGCGCAGACGGCCAUCGUACCUGUUCAUCAGCAGCUUGGCACUGGCCGACACCUUUGCCAGCUGUUUCUUUACCAUCAGUUUUCUAGAUUUCCAUCUUUAUAGUCAGAACGACGGCCCUAAUAUCUAUCUGUUCAAGCUGGGUGGUGUCACAAUGGCGUUCACAGGCUCUGUGGGAAGCCUGUUGCUGACAGCGCUGGACCGUUAUCUCUGCAUCUACCAGGCUUCCAAUUACAAGGUGCUACUGACCCACGCUAGAGCCAAGCUGGCUAUUGUAUUAUUAUGGUGUGUCACAAUUAUAAUUUCAUUUCUUCCUCUGAUGGGUUGGAGGUGCACCACCAAGUUUGAUCCUCCUUGCUCCCAUCUCUUCCCUUAUGUGGAUCGUCACUACCUGGCCUUGUGGACGGGCCUACAAUUUGUGGUGCUCUUUCUUAUCAUAGUGGCUUACGUUCUCAUCCUGUGGAAAGCAAAUCGCCAUGAAACAGCUAUGGGUGGACCAAAGUUGGGGAGGCCCAGCGUGAAAGGACAGGCACGAAUGCGAAUAGACAUUCAGCUCGCACGUACCUUCAGUCUGAUCCUCCUAAUCCUUGCUGUUUGUUGGCUGCCUGUCCUGUCCUUUAUGAUGGUGGAUGUCACAGUGACCCUUACGAACAAACAACAGCGAAUGUUCGCUUUCUGUAGCACGCUCUGUCUAGUUAACUCGUGCGUAAACCCGCUUCUAUACGCUCUAUGCUGCAAAGAGCUGAGAGGAGAAGCGUUUGCAUUGUUAGCAUGUUGCAAAGCAUGCAGGGAACGUACUUUGGAAAACAUUCUGGGCCAAAGAAAUGAAAAUGGUUCUGGCAUUAGCAAAAAGAGCAAAGAUCAGGCUGUUAGUGAGAGUUACCCAGAUACUAUUUCUGAAAGCGUAGACAAGCAGUAAAACAGCAUAUAAAUAUUAUUUAAAGUCCUAUUCGUAUUAGCGGGCCAGUGGCACUUAAGAGGUUAAUGAUUCGCCAACUUUUUAAUCCAUUUGAAGUACAUCACAAAAUUUAGUUCUUCGGGAUUAGAUUUUAGGUUAGCAUUCAUUGUAUUAAUACUGUAGAAUGCAGAAAAUGUUGUUUUGUCAUAAGAAUACAGGCUAUAAAAUAAACAGCAUUAAAAAUGUGGGAAAUAUGAAAAUAUCAAAUGAAGAAGGUUUGCAUACUAACAAGAACUUAAGAACUUUAACGCAUUGAAUUGUACUGCUUGAAUUUACUCAUUAUAAAUUGUAUUUUGUAUGUAUUUAGAAGGAGAAACGAGGAUAAUUUAUUAUACACUUUAAGAAAGACAUUAGCUAUUAGCUAUUAUUUUGUAAACAGGAUGUGCCAAAAAUGCUUUGAAAGUGUAUUUUAAAAGUGUCUAAAAUAUUUAGUUUUUUAGGAACAUACAAUAGGUCUGUUGUGAAUAGGUGGCUAUGUGAUCAGCUGUCCAUGUAAAAUGCUGUUUCUCUAAGCACCUUUCUGCAGUGAAAUAAAACCUGUAAAGACACUCAAAACAACUGACUCAACUGCUACAUUUUGACCCAAGCUUAAAAGACGCCAAAACAUAUAUAGAUUACACUGUGAAAAUUGAUGACUGUUACACUGUUUUGCUUCACCUUUUCAAUAGAUUGUACAUUAUGCUGUACCUUUACUUCAUUAUGAAGAGUAAUUGUUAUGAUACAGUAAGUAUAUGUUGGAAAAAGCGCUAUAAAUGCAAAGUGCUAUAUAACUGAUGUUAUAUUAACUUCUUAUCUUGUAUUAACUUUAAUUUGAAGAGAAGUUUUAAUGCAUUAUUGUAUGUUAAACAGUACUAUAUAAAAUGCUGUAUGUCAUAACUAUAAAAGUACUGCUACAUUGUUUAAGAAAUGCAUACUUAAACUUUUAUUGUCAUCAAUAAAAACACAUUUUCUGGAUAUCAA